ACGCGCACGGGCCGGCGGCGCGCGCCGAGCGGGGGGCACCGCGCGGGUGCAGCCACGAUGGAAGGGGGUGCGUACGGCGCUGGCAAAGCCGGGGGCGCCUUCGACCCCCACACCCUGGUCCGGCAGCCGCACACCAUCCUGCGCGUCGUGUCUUGGCUGUUCUCCAUCGUGGUGUUCGGCUCCAUUGUGAACGAGGGCUACCUCAACAGCUCCUCAAAGGGCGAGAAGUUCUGCAUCUACAACCGCAAUGCCAAUGCCUGCAGCUACGGCGUGGCCGUGGGCGUGCUCGCCUUCCUCACCUGCCUCCUCUACCUGGCCCUGGACGUGUACUUCCCCCAGAUCAGCAGCGUCAAGGACCGCAAGAAAGCCGUCCUGUCAGACAUUGGCGUCUCAGCCUUCUGGGCCUUCCUCUGGUUCGUGGGUUUCUGCUACCUGGCCAACCAGUGGCAGGUCUCCAAGGCAGAGGACAACCCACUGAACGAAGGGACAGACGCAGCCAGGGCCGCCAUUGCCUUCUCCUUCUUCUCCAUCGUCACUUGGGCGGGCCAGGCUGUGCUGGCUUUCCAGCGGUACCAGAUUGGCGCCGACUCGGCCCUCUUCUCCCAGGACUACAUGGACCCCAGCCAGGACUCCAGCAUGCCUUACGCCCCCUACGUGGAGCCCAGCACCGGGCCGGACCCCGCCGGCAUGGGCGGCACCUACCAGCAGCCGGCCAACGCCUUCGACGCUGAGCCCCAGGGCUACCAGUCGCAGGGCUACUGAGCCACAGUGACUGCCUGCCCCUGCCCCUGCGCCCUCCACCCCUGCCCCCACCCCAGCAUCCAGCCCCCUGUCCCCUCCCAGGCUGCCCUGCCCAGCACCUCUUCAUCUGAGUCGUUCCCUGAGGUUCAGGGUAGCUCGGGGUGGUCAGGUGUUGGGGUGGGUGUCCACAUACGUGUACAAGUGUGUUCGAGGGCAUAUGCCCAGCAGGGGCCUGGAGGGUGGGGGCCAGGGUGUGUGCAUUCAUUCACUGUGUCAUCGAGCAUUCACUGAACGCCUCUUGUGUGUUGGGCCUGUGCUCGGCCUGGGUGGCGAAAGGCAGAAAUGGUCCCUGGAAAGGGGAAAGAUGAGAUGUGGAGGAGUCCCUGUUGGUCCCAGAGGCAGGAAUGGUGGGAAAGAUAGACCCGGAUGGUGCUGGGAAGUUUGGCUGCAAGGGGCAGUAGUCACAGGGUAAGUGGGAACACCACAGGACACUGGGGGCUGUCACACCCAGAGCCCUUCCCACUCCACAGCAGCCUGCUAGGAGUGUCAGAACUGUCUCAACUCAUGGUUCAGGAAACAGGCCUGGAGAGGUCAAGGUCACUGGCCUAGGGUCACUCAGGCAGCUAGUGAUGGAGGCAGGGCCAAGCCCAGGCCAGCCAACCACAGAGCACCCACUCUUCCUUGUCUUCCCGCCUUCCCCCCAUCCCCGAGCCUGGGGCUCAGUGCCACUGUCAUUCUGGGAGGACUUGGGGACCUUGGCCCCGUGAAACACCCAGAUUCUGCUACAAGCCAAGGGCCUGUUCUGCCCCAGCUGUUCCCCCUACCCCCGGGGACAGCCCUGCCUCAGGGUCCCCCCACCCACAUCCCCACUGGCCCCUCCCCCAGCCCUUGGCCUCCUCCUAGAGGACGCACCCACCUCACUUGUGUCCCUAUGUGUUCUGUGCUCUGUGUAUACCAUGGGGACCUUAUCCGAGAGAGCUCCAGCAACCCCCUUUGUGGCCUCCCAAAGGACUGAUCACUGUCCCUGCCUCUAGGAGGGCUCACUAAGUCCUUGCCCAGGGCUGGGUGGAAGAGGAGGCACAGAUGGCAGUGGGACUGGCCCAAUGUCACAGUGAGUGAGAGGCAAAGCUGGACUUGCUGCCCGGGUUUCUUGGCCCCAGCUACUCAGCAGGUGCCCGAGUCCCCACCCUUGUGAUCUCCCAGGAAACAACUGAUCUGGGACACUGUCAUCUUUUCUUUCAUCUGGGGUCAGCCAGGAGUUUGGGGCUGAAGCAGCCAAGGGUAUGGGAUGUGCUUCUCCUGGCCUUCUAGCCCCACUGAGGGGCCAGCCUUUCUAGGCAGAGCAGAGGGGACAGGGGCUUUGGAAUCCACAAGGUUGGCUUGCAAGCUGCAGCUGUGGGGAUGCGCGGCCCUCAAGAUGAUAUGGGUGAGAGCCCCUGGGGCAUAGUAGGCUCAGGGAAAACCACGGGCUGUAGGGGAGAGGCUAGCAGGUGACCCCAAAUGCACGAAGAGCGUUGUGAUGCCUGAGAGGGUGGUGAUCCCUUCUGAGUGGAGGCUGGAAGGGAUCUUGCAUAAGGUGUACUCUUCAAUGAGCCUUAGUGACAGGGAGAGAGCUCGGGACCCAUCCUCCUGUCUGUGCCCAGCGUGCACUGGCCAUGGCCAGUCCGUCAGGGAGCAGAGGGAGUUGUGGGACAGGCAUGGUGGUGGUUGCUUCCCCACCUUCACCCAUGCCCCUCACAAGAACCCUAAGAGGCAGAUAGUCACUCACUUGCUCAUUCAUUCAGCAGACAGUUAUCGGGCACCUGAGCUGGGGAUACAGAGGGCAUGCGUGGUCCUUGCGUUCGCAGAGCUUAGAGUCCAGCAGAGGGGAUGAGCACAAAACAGAUGAUGGCACAGAGUCCAUUGCAGGAAGCACUAUGCAAGUGCACGGCAGGCCUGGGGCUCCCCUGAGGAAGGGCCCUAAGGAUGGCAGGAGUUGAGGUAAAGAGAAGGAACUUCCGAGGCAGAGAAGCAGUAUCACUGGCCCUAUUUAACAGAAGGGGAAAGUGAGGCUCAGGAGCAUAAGUGAGUUAGUGGAGCACAGGUCUGAACUAAGGUCUGUUCAAGUCCCCCCAAGGGCAGCAGUAAAAGAAGAGGACCCCAGACAGCUGAGUGACAGCUAGUUGUUGUUUACUUCCACUUUCCACAUCUGGGGAAGGGGCUCUGUCUACAUUCCCCCGAGGUGUCCCAAGUGGGGAAAGCAUGAAGGCAGGUUAUCUGUUGGCCUAGCAGUGGAACCUGUACCUUUCUUGGAGGUGAGGGUGCGGUGGGUGUGUGUUUCUGGCACAGUGAAGUUCUGUGCCCAUCGCAGCAGGAGGCUGUGAGAAAUCCUGCCUGUUGCCCACUGCCCACCAAGAUCCUCCUCUGCUGGCAGGCACCAGAAGACCCCAGCGCACCAACCAGCUACUGGUGAUGCUGGGCUGGAGUGCAGGGUACCAGUUAAGCUUUGUCCAGUCCUGGGUGCUUAUUACAGACCCUCCCUGCCACCCAGGCUGGGAAACUUUGCAAGACCCCUGCCAGGAGGGGGGGCGGGCUGAAUCAUCUCACUAAGCCUCCUUCCCUCUUCCUGGGAUCCAGCCCAGCUGCCCUCCCCGGGCAUGAUCCCACCAUCAGGCUGCACACUGGUGGGGACCUGCUAUGGUGGAGAUGAGAGACAGAGGGAGAGAGUUGUCCAAGGGCAGGAUUUCAAUGAGACCCAGGGCUCUGACUCCACUGUUGGGAAGUUAAUAAGGAAGCCCGCUCCCUCUGCUGGCUGAGGACAGCCCCCUGGGGAUCAUAAGCCCUCAGGCCAAGGUAUCCCUGAUAUUCCCUUUCCCCUCUCUGCUGCCCUCUGCUUCUCCCUUUCUCCCAAACCCUUUCUUGGAGAACCCUGACCUGCAGAGUUUGGGCUCCCUCUUCCCCGUUAAGCACAAGAGAGGGCCCAGGACACUUGGGUUCCACAAAAGCUUAGAACUGCAAGGACCCUUCGAGAUGGUAGUCUGGGACAGGAAGGCAGUGACCUGUCCAAGGUCAAGCACAGAGUGAGAAGUUGGGGAGCCAGGUCUUCUGCCGUCUGAGUGGACACCCAUCCUGCACAAUCACAGGCUGUCUUGCCUGGGUGGUUCCCGAUCCAUGUGGGGGUGUAGCAAAUGAGGGGCUAAUUCCCAGCAGACCAGCAUCGGUUCCCCACUCCAUCCUUCCCUGCUGAUUCUUGAUCUUUGAACACUCUUGGAGGUCCCAGGCUUCGCCCAUGUAACUGAGAGCCCCACUUGUUACCCAUGGGGUACCCCCAACCUUGGCCCUAGACCCCUUUGAUUCUCUAAGGAGCACGAAGGGGGAACGCCCCUCCCAAGAGUUUGUGGGCGGAUGGACUGGUCCAGCUGUCUCCCAGUGCUGCCCCUGACCUAACAGUCCCCAGCCCUGGUGCCCACAGCCCUCCCGCAGCGUUACUGCCUGUGUAUAGUAUAAAUAUAUAUAUUUUCUAUAUAUAAGAUGUAUAAUAUAAGGCUCCACAAAUAUAUCUGUGUGCGGUGAAGGGCGGUCCCCAUCCUGGGACCCUGCUCUAGACCCCUCAGCACCUGGUUAAGUCUCUCAAGAGUGAAUCCAGUGGCCCCGUGGCACCCUCCUUUAUGACAUCCAUUCAUUUGUGGUGAACCAAGUGAAGGUGGUGACUUCUGGUGACAUAGUAAUAAAGUGAAGACUAAGAACCCA